UCCUGCUGGCCUCUCUGCUGCCACACCUGACCUUCACUGCUCAUAUGGGAAUAGUGAACGGCAGGGAAGCAAAACCCCACUCCAGACCUUACAUGGUUUCUAUUCAGAUUUUUGGGCAACACAACUGCGGUGGAUUCCUCAUCUCUAAUGAGUUUGUCUUGACUGCUGCACAUUGCUGGAAUGGAUCUCAGAUUCUGACAGUUGUGGUUGGUGCUCAUGACUUAAGGAAAAGUAAGACUUUGAACCGCAUCGGAGUGAAGAACUACAUCCCACAUCCAGACUACAAAACCAGUCCUGUUCGGAAUGACAUCAUGCUUUUGAGGAUUUUCAUGAAUCUGACCCCUGUUCAGAGGGCAGCUGUGGUCAUCAGCUCAUCUGUGGUUCCAGCAGUUUGA